UUCGCGACCGUUCGCUGUCCGGCAGAUCGCGGUGCUGAAAUCACGGCGCACAACAACAAUGUAACGGCGAUGAAAGACACAAGAGUAGAUUUACAUCAUGGACGAUGACCUGUUCCAGCUUAGACAGCUGCCUGUUGUGAAGUUUCGGCGUACAGGUGAUAGCACAUAUUCAGAGUAUGAGUGUGGAACAAGGGAUCAGAUGGUGCAGGUCGAAGGUGGAACCAUUGAUGCAGGAUCUGUGGCUCUGUCUGAUGGAGCUCCAGUACCGCAAGAGUUUGCCAACCCCACUGACGAUACCUUCAUGGUGGAAGAUGCUGUGGAAGCCAUUGGCUUUGGUCCAUUUCAGUGGAAGCUUUCUGUCCUCACAGGCCUUUCCUGGAUGGCAGAUGCUAUGGAGAUGAUGAUCCUCAGUAUCUUGGCCCCUCAGCUGCACUGUGAGUGGAGGCUCCCCAACUGGGAGGUAGCACUGCUCACUUCGGUGGUAUUUAUUGGCAUGAUGAUCAGCUCUUCAUUAUGGGGAAACAUAUCUGAUAAAUAUGGGCGAAAAACAGGUCUGAAGAUGAGUGUUCUGUGGACUUUGUUCUAUGGCAUCCUCAGUGCAUUCGCCCCUAUUUAUGGCUGGAUUUUGUUCGUCCGAGCUCUGGUCGGUUUCGGUAUCGGAGGAGCUCCUCAGUCAGUGACACUGUAUGCGGAGUUUCUGCCCAUGCGCUCCAGAGCUACAUGCAUUCUGCUCAUUGAGGUGUUCUGGGCCCUGGGCACAGUGUUUGAGGUGUUGCUGGCGAUCUUGGUCAUGCCGACGUUGGGCUGGCGCUGGCUACUCGCUCUGUCCACAAUCCCACUCUUCAUCUUCGCCAUCCUCUGCUUUUGGCUGCCCGAGAGUGCCCGCUAUGAUGUUCUGUCUGGAAACCAAGAGAAAGCUCUGAACACACUCAAACGCAUCGCUACAGAGAAUAACGUCCCCAUGCCACUGGGCAAACUCAUAGUGGCACGCCAGGAAGACAGAGGGAAGAUUAAGGAUCUAUUUUUGCCUCAUUUCCGCUGGACUACAGUUCUCCUCUGGUUCAUAUGGUUCUCUAAUGCGUUCUCCUACUAUGGCCUUGUACUACUGACCACAGAGCUUUUCCAGGAAGGCGGUGCCUGUGGACAGACUAACGGCAGUAAAACAGAGCUGAGGUGUAAUCUGGAGUGCAAGUACUUGAACUCCGAUGAUUACAAAGACCUGUUGUGGACAACGCUUUCAGAAUUCCCAGGUCUUCUGGUGACAUUGUGGGCGAUCGAUAGGCUGGGUAGGAGGAAGACCAUGGCACUGUGCUUCCUCGUCUUCUCACUCUGCAUCGUGCCGCUCUAUGCCUGCGUGGGCAGGACGUCUUUAACAGUGCUGAUCUUUAUUGCGAGGGCAUUUAUUGCUGGAGGUUUCCAGGCAGCCUACGUUUACACACCUGAGGUGUAUCCAACAGCGACGCGGGCUCUAGGUCUGGGCAUGAGCAGUGGCAUGGCCCGUGUUGGGGCUCUCAUCACACCCUUUGUGGCUCAGGUGAUGCUGGAGUGGUCAGUGUACCUGACUCUGUCGGUAUACUGCUGCUGCUGCCUGCUGGCCGCCGUGGCAUCGUGUGCUUUACCCAUAGAGACGACGGGCCGAGGCCUCCAGGAGUCCAGCCACAGAGAGUGGGGCCAGGAGAUGAAGGGCCGAGACUCCAUCCCUCGCUCUAACUCCUCAUCCACCUCCCAGCAAUGAGAGAGGAGGAGAGAGGGUGGACUAACUCCUAUGAUUUGGAUCCAUCAUCUUGCUGGAUAAUCUAGUUGCAAUUGAGAUUCCGAAGACCGGAUUUUCUGGUAGAGAGCAGAAUUCAUGUUUCCCUCAAGUAUUGCAAGUUGCCCAGGCUCUGAAGCAGAAAAGCAUCCCCACACCAUCACACUGCCACCUCCAUGCUUGAUCAUAGUAAUGAAGUUCUUUUUGUGGAAUUCUGUGUUUGGUUUACGCAAGAUGUAACGGGACCCCUGUCUUCCAAACAGUACCACUUUGGACUCCUCAGUCCACAGAACAUUCUCACAAAAGGUUUGAGGCUUAUCAAGGCAUGUUUUGGCAAAAUUCAGACAAGCCUUACUGUUCUUCUGGGUUAGCAGUGGUUUUCACCUGGCCACUCUUCCAUGGAUGUCAUUUUUGCGCAGUGUCUUUCUAAUAGUGGAGUCAUGAACAGUGACCUUUAUUGAUGCAAGAGAGGCCUGUUGGUCCUUUGAUGUACUUGACUGUUUUGUGAAUUGCUGGAGGAGUAGUUGUUGUGCUCUUGGAGGAAUUUUGGAAGGUCGGCCACUUCUGGGAAGGUUCACUACUGUGCCAUUUUCCAUUUGGAGAUAAUGGCUCUCAAUGUGUUUCUUUGGAGUCCCAAACUUUAAAUGAAGUAACCCUUCCCAGCCUGAUGUAUUUCACCUUCUUACUUAUCAAUUCUUUAAUUUCUUUCAAUUGUGGAGUAGUGUGUUACUGGGUAAGACCUUUUAACCAACUUCGUGCUAUUGAAAAAGUUCUAUUUAAGUGUUGAUUUGAUCGAACAGGGUUUGCAGUAAUCAGGCCUGGUCAGGUUUAGUCCAGGUGAACCCCAUUAUCAAUGUAGUUUCAUAGAUUUGGGGAAUUACGGUAGUAACUACGGGGGCAAAUACAUUUUCACACAGGCCCAGCUGGUAUUGGAUAACUUUUUUGCCUCAAUAAAUAACAUUUUCAUUUUAAAACUGUAUUUUGUGUUUACUCAGCUUGCCUUUGUUUUAUCUUAGAUUUUAUUUUAUUACAUUUUUCUGAAACAAUUAAGUACGAGAUCUAUGCAAAAACAGAAGAAAUCAGUUUUUUUCACAGCACUGCAUAGGUUGAUAUGUACAUUAUAUUUUUAAGAAAGUGUUCAUGCACAAAUAUUAUUACAGAACCCUAAGAUUUGCACAGUGCUAAACUGGUAUCUAUACGCUUCCUUAAUUUGUAGCGCUAUUCCAAAAAAGAAGAAGCAAAUUUUAGACACCAAACCUCUUGGCUGACUGAUUAUAACUGGGUCAACAGGUAAAAUAGUAUAUUUUGUUUUUGACUUUUAAAAGGAGAACUCCAUAAAAUAACUAAAUCAUUUUUAUUCACCUCCAACAUGGUAGUGUAUAUAAAUGAGUUAUGUGUGUAAGUGUGUUACUGGGUGGAAAAAAAGAAAGAUUGGUAUAUAAAUGAAUCAUGUGCUGCAGGUUCCAAACAGCGUCAGCAAUUUGAGGGACAUGAAAACUAGUGAGACGGAAGCUGGUGAUCUCCAUUAUGGAGUUUAGUGGCAGUGGAUUAAUGUGGCAUGUGCCUGUGUGUGUGUUAAGAUUAAUGAAAGUGAAAUGCUUUUAGAACAGUUAAGAAGGAAUUUGUGAGUUUAUUUUACUACAAAAUCAAGUCUUUCAGUGGUGAUGUAACAGACAGCAAGGGGGGGCAGGGGGGCCUCAUUCACCACCAAUAAUUGUGUGGAAUGAAAAUGUGUUGUGCACAGCAAAGCUGUUAUUUUUAACCACCAAGUCACAUGAGCGUUUCUCUAAAUGUCAUUUGCUGGCAUUUAGCGAGUCCAAACACAUUCCCGUUUAGCAGAAUGCCACUCCCCAUCACGUCAAUAAUGUAUUAGAUAUGAACACACUCACUGCUAUAUCGAAAGCCUGCCUUUCUCAAAUGUUCUUGAAUACAGUUAAGACUUCAAUCUGGCAACUGAACACGCAUCAUACAAAUACAGUCUAAACACAACUAAAUAACAUUUGUUUUAUGAUCAUUUAUUAACAGUGGUAAAUGUCGCUCAUCAAACUUGGCUUGUCUUCGAAGGAAAAAUAAAUCGGUUUGUUUUGAUUGUUUUGAGGUGUUUUUUUUUUUUUUGCUAAAUAUUACAUAAAAUGCUCAUCAACAGUUUUAGUUUUCUCGUUAUAUCUACUGUCGGUAUAUUGUACUGUAUUUUGCAAAGAGACUUUGGGUUUGUUACAUAUGUAACUAAGCUUUACAAUUAACGCUUUUCACUUCUUACCUGUACAGCGAUUGCAUUCAUGAUUUAUUAAUGAUUCGUUUAAAUCACCUCAUCGAAAUGAUAGCUGAUGGGUUUACACCCGGCUUUGGUGCCCAGUGAAGUCCUGUGUGCGUUCACCCGGUGAAAGGUCUCUCUCCUACAUGCCUGCCUUUGCGAUUUAGUGCUGAGUUUAGUGUCUGUGUGUGUGCAGAUAUCCUAUGCCACACUGG